GUGUGUUGUUGAUUGAGGAAGAUUGGGAUGAAAGAGAGGUUGUUGAAGAAGGGAGAUCGGUUGAAAUAAUUGCAAUCUCCCUCACCCUGCAACAACUACUGGAUGAAGAUCUCAUUAAUUCCAAAGGCUCCCAGAAUCCAUUCCAUAUAUACAUACCAAUACAACACCCAGAAAUAAAAUAUUGGAUCAUCACUAUAUACCAUUUACAGAAGAAUUGGACGAAAACAAAAACAAAAGAGAAGGAACAUCUAUACAAAGAUCUUAUAUACACAUUACAAGAGAAUCCAAGGCAACUCCCCUUUAACACCAUGCAGUAG